AUAUGUAUGCAAGUGCAUGUUAUGUUAAAGGAUGGAGAGAAUAUGUUAAAGGAUGGAGAGAAUACUAUAUAGUCGAUAUGGUGUGCUGUAUUUUCUCCCUUAACUUCAUGUUGUAAACAUUUCCCCAAAUCCAAUAAAAAUUCUUCAGACGCCCCGUUGUUAAUGGUUGCUUAAUAGUGCAGCCUGUGAAUAUGUAAUUAGCCAUUUUCCUCUGUUAUUUUGGUUGCUUCCAACUUUUCCCUCUCUGCCAGUUUUUAGAGCCCUAGGUACUGGGUGGCAGGUGGGGGAGAUCUUGGCUGACUCUUUUUUGACUGAGUUGGAGAGGGUUAGCAGCGGUGCAGGUGAGGCAUGAGGAAGGCAGGCUGGGGCGGGGUUGUACGUGCAGGGCCAUCUUGAGAGAAGGUUGAGAACCCAGGACUCUGGAUCUUAACAAUCAGUCAGUCUCUGUGAUAUUGCUUCUUCCCUAUGACUAUGUGCAGGUUCCUGCGUUGACUUGGUUGCUUUAAUUUUCUCUUGAUGAAUUAUUGAUCAACUAUGAUAAAUGCUUUUCUUCAAAGUCCAUGGUCCGUCUAGAACUGAUUUCACAUGUCUGACAAGCGUAGACACAGGACUUAUGGCUGUUGCAAUAGAAAUUCUCAAAUGUCCCUUACGAGGCUGACCAGUGUGGUGUCCAUUUCCCCAUUCGUCCUUCCCUUGCUCCAUCCCCUUUCCAGUAGGCUGGGACUGAGGAGCAGAAGGUAGAACUUGUCCUUAGGAGAAGAUGCAUUCUCUUCUCCUUCUAAGGUAAAUGUUUCCCCCCUGGUUUGAUGGCUUCACUUGCUGCCCUACAAAGCAACCCAAACAAGGCCAAGAACAUGGGUUCUGGGGACGGUUGAAUACCGCAUGCCAACCUGACCUGCCCACUCUAAGCUGUGCUCCCAGGGGGUAGGUUUCAGUUGCAGGACUUGUUAACUGGGUCAGAAGGCUCAGGUGAGAGCAGGUCCUGCCUUGCUCUUAAAGUGCCAGAAGCCAGCUUGAUUUGGGUUUGGGUUUUCCCUGCUUGUUGGGAGUCUGGCUGGGGAAGGAAGUGGAGUUUGGGGCCACCCCCUCAGCUAAGCUCCUGUGAGUGGGAGCCUUCAGCUGACUCAACUGGUUUGGCUUCUGAACUGUGAUCCAGGUGGGGACCUUCCUGGGUGUGAAGGUGACUUAUUUAUCUUCUUUUCCUCAGGCCGUUGUGGGGCUUGAGCAGUUCCAGUGUGGAUUUCUUCAGGGAGUCUGACGGAAGCCAUUUCUAACCGACAUAGUGUUGGACACAGUAGCUGAUGGAUGUGUAUUCGCUGAGGGAAGGCGAUUUUGCAGACCUCACCUUAAGUAAAAACAAAGUAAAAGGAGAGUACACACAACAAAAAAUACCUAAACACAACAUCCCUGGCAAACAAUUCUCUAGGGACCAGUUUUUCCUAAAGGCACCCAGCGUGGGCAGGCCUUUGUUUCCUGCUGUGAGUGUGGGCUGGUGCCGAAUGUUAUCUGCCGAGCCCGUGUGUUUUUAUGAGGAUCAAUUGCAGACUUUACCCAGGCCGCCUCCUGCAACCUCCUGCAACCCGUGAGUUCACUCUAGCCUCUGUGGGGAGAUAAACAGACCCAGGUGGAAGAGGCCAGCUUGUCUUAUGGUUGUUUUUAGCAGUCUACGGUGAAGAGCCGUAGCACUUGAUUAUUCUUGGGCUCCUGGACUUUUCCAGACUCAGAGUCUUUGGCCAGCACAGAGGAAGGAGAGCUGACUCGAGGCCCAGCUCUUUAGAUCCCCGUGGAUACACUGCCCGCUCAUCUCUAUCAUGGCCCUCCACCCCCGCAGAGUUCGGCUGAAGCCCUGGCUGGUGGCCCAGGUGGAUAGUGGCCUGUACCCCGGGCUCAUCUGGCUACACAGGGACUCCAAACGCUUCCAGAUUCCCUGGAAACAUGCCACCCGGCAUAGCCCCCAACAAGAGGAGGAAAAUACCAUUUUCAAGGCCUGGGCUGUGGAGACAGGGAAGUACCAGGAAGGGGUGGAUGACCCUGACCCAGCUAAAUGGAAGGCCCAGCUCCGCUGUGCUCUCAACAAGAGCAGGGAAUUCAACCUGAUGUACGAUGGCACCAAGGAGGUACCCAUGAACCCGGUGAAGAUAUACCAAGUGUGUGACAUCCCGCAGCCUCAGGGAUCAAUCAUUAACCCAGGAUCCACUGGAUCUGCUCCUUGGGAUGAGAAGGAUAAUGAUGUAGAUGAAGAAGAUGAAGAAGAUGAGCUUGAUCAGUCACAGCACCAUGUUCCCAUCCAGGACACUUUCCCCUUCCUGAACAUCAAUGGUUCUCCCAUGGCACCAGCCAGUGUGGGCAACUGCAGCCCUGAAGCAGUGUGGCCCAAAACUGAGCCUCUGGAAAUAGAUGUACCCCAGGCACCUAUACAGCCCUUUUAUAGCUCUCCAGAGCUGUGGAUCAGCUCUCUCCCAAUGACUGACUUGGACAUCAAGUUUCAGUACCGUGGGAAGGAAUAUGGGCAGACCAUGACCGUGAGCAACCCCCAGGGCUGCCGGCUCUUCUAUGGGGACCUGGGUCCCAUGCCUGACCAAGAGGAACUCUUUGGUCCCGUCAGUCUGGAGCAGGUGAAGUUCCCAGGUCCAGAGCAUAUCACCAAUGAGAAGCAGAAGCUGUUCACCAGUAAGCUGCUAGACGUCAUGGACAGAGGACUGAUCCUGGAGGUCAGCGGUCAUGCCAUUUAUGCCAUCAGGCUGUGCCAGUGCAAAGUGUACUGGUCUGGGCCAUGUGCCCCAUCGCUUGUUGCCCCCAACCUGAUUGAGAGACAAAAGAAGGUCAAACUAUUUUGCCUGGAAACGUUCCUUAGUGAUCUCAUUGCCCACCAAAAAGGACAGAUAGAGAAGCAGCCACCAUUUGAGAUCUACUUAUGCUUUGGGGAAGAAUGGCCAGAUGGGAAACCCCUGGAAAGGAAACUCAUCUUGGUUCAGGUUAUUCCAGUGGUAGCUCGGAUGAUCUACGAGAUGUUUUCUGGUGAUUUUACACGGUCCUUUGACAGUGGCAGUGUCCGCCUGCAGAUCUCAACUCCAGACAUCAAAGAUAACAUCGUUGCUCAACUGAAGCAGCUGUACCGCAUCCUCCAAACCCAAGAAAGCUGGCAGCCCAUGCAGCCCGCCCCCAGCAUGCAACUCCCCCCUGCCCUGCCAGCCCAGUAAUCAUGAAUGCCAUCUUUUUUUACAAUAUUGUACAUAGCGGUAUUUUUUAUUAUUCAGAUUUACCCAGCUUUUGAACCUCUUCCUUCUAACAAUGUUAGUGGCCUUUGAUUCUCCACAGUAUGCCUGGCUUUUAAAGUUGAUUUAAUUUAUGGAAAAAAAUCACCUUUCAUAGUCCCCCUUUCUUUUUGAAACCUCCCAGUGUUAGUGUAAUGUAGUAGAGGGAGAUUUGGCCUGGGACUUUGGACACCAGCAUUCUAGCUGCAGCUCUGCUUCAGUGACCUUGAACUACCAACUCAUUUAACCUCUAGGCUUCAGAUUAAUUCCUGUAAAACGAAGGGGUUGGAACAGUGCCUGAAAUAAUGCCAGUUAAAACUCUGACCUGAUGACUUCAUUCUACUUGUACAAGGCAUACCGGCCUGGAAUAGAACCCUUCUGCAUUGUUCUUGCACCAUAUUUUUUUCUUGCUUUCAUUAAAGUUGCAAGCACUGAUUUGUCCAAGAUUGAUCUCCGUUUGACCUGUUCUGCUAGUAUAGGAAGCUGGCUCCCUGACGGAGUAAGUGAGAGGGAGGGGAGCUGGCUGGUUGCUUAGGAACCAAGCUUGAUAUCUAAAUAGAAAUAGGUGCCAAAGUCUGAAAAGUCACCUGGUCUGUGGAGUAAAUGCUCAUAAACAGCUCCUCAAGGCAAUCUGUCAGCAGAAGGCCUAGGGAUUCUGCACAGUUGGUUGUCAGGUGUUUACCUUGCCACCACUCAAUAACACUCAGAAUGUGGUAGGUGAGAGUGUAUGACUCAGUGGUACCUUUCAGAGAGGAUAGAGCUUUUUCUUCUUUCUUCUUUGAGGAAGAGCUGGGAGUGAGCUGGGCAUCUAGGACAAAUUCCUGACUAAAAAAGGGACAGUUCCUUUUUGUUUUAAAACUUACAGUUUUGCUAUCGUUUGGACUUUUUGCAGUUGAAAAAUUGGGGUAUUCAGGGUGAAGGAGGACUGGGCAGUGCUCUUCUGCCAAAGGCUCAUCUGGCCCAAAUCUACUUGUCCUCUUUCUUGUGGAGGUAGCUGGGUGUGAACUAUUCAGGUGAAGAGUGGUGUAGAACACUGUAGCUAUGGCUGCCACAGACUGGUCUUAUCUAUUAACUCUUGCUCCAUCUUCCAUUUUUUUGCCUUACCCCCAACCUUUAAAAAAAAAAAAAAAAAGACAGUAUAAUUUAAACUCUAAGACCUAAAUGGAAAGCAAGAUAUUAAUCUCUGGUUGCAGGCCUCUAAGGCUCUUGAAUACUGAUGCCUCUUUGUGCCAGGCCAUUACAAGAAAACCCAUGUCUAGUGUACUACCCUUAAACUAGGCCAUCCAGGCCAUUCCCUACUUGCUACUGUAGUUGAACUAGCUGAAAAAUCAGGUAGCUUCAAAAGCCAUAAGCUCAAUUUGGUUACAGGUGGCAGAGGGACUUACUUAGAAUGCUGAAGCUAUGUUUUUAGUAUCUCUAAGGGAUGUAGUGGGAUCUGCUGUUAAACUAAAGCAUGACCAAGAGAAAUCUGGGUAAAUGUCAGGUGCUCAGCUGUGAGCAGCAUUUGGGCUUCUAGAAAUCAGGAAA